AUUCGUUUUCCCGCCAAAACCCUCACCUUUAUUCUUCAUUUACCGCCAAACCCAAAUCUGAGCUCUAUCUUCUCUGUCUCUGUGUGCCUCUCGCUCUGCAGGUGAACCAUGAAGGACCUCGACUUCGGCCCUGACAAAGUGCACGCGAAGGAUUUCCUUUCCAACUUUAUCGAUUGCAAUGGUGAACCCAAAUACAUGCGGAUCCUUCAAGAAGUUGCUAACCGCAAAUUUCGAGCAAUUCAGAUUGAUCUUGAGGACUUGUUCGGUUACAGGGAGUUGGAUGAAGAAUUCCUCAGUCGGGUUACUGAAAAUACUCGGCGAUAUAUUGGUAUUUUUGCUGAUGCUAUCGAUGAGCUCAUGCCAGAGCCCACAGAGGCCUUUACAGAUGAUGAUCAUGACAUAUUGAUGACCCAAAGGUCCGAUGAUGGGCCAGAGAAUAUGGAUGGUCCAGAUCCACAUCAGAAGAUGCCUCCAGAAAUCAAGCGCUACUUUGAAGUUUACAUAAGAGCAUCUUCAAAGGGGCGGCCAUUUACCAUUAGGGAGGUCAAGGCUUCAUAUAUUGGUCAGCUUGUAAGGAUAUCAGGUAUUGUGACACGGUGUUCAGAUGUUAAGCCAUUGAUGCAGGUUGCUGUUUAUACAUGUGAAGAAUGUGGUUUUGAGAUUUACCAGGAAGUAACUGCGAGAGUAUUUAUGCCCCUGUUUGAGUGCCCAUCAAGGCGUUGUAUAACGAAUAGAACCAAGGGGAAUCUUAUUCUUCAACUCAGGGCAUCAAAGUUCUUGAAGUUUCAGGAGGCCAAGAUACAAGAAUUGUCUGAACAUGUUCCAAAAGGUCAUAUUCCACGGACAAUGACUGUUCACUUCAGGGGUGAACUCACAAGAAAGGUAGCUCCGGGUGAUGUCGUUGAACUAUCUGGCAUUUUUCUUCCUAUUCCUUACACUGGUUAUAGAGCAAUGCGGGCUGGCUUAGUUGCAGAUACUUACUUAGAAGCCAUGUCUAUCACACACCAUAAGAAAAGAUAUGAAGAGUAUGAACUUGUAGGAGAUGAGGAAGAGCAAAUUGUACGUUUAGCUGAUGAUGGUGACAUUUAUAAUAAGUUGGCACGAUCUUUGGCACCUGAAAUUUAUGGGCAUGAAGAUAUCAAAAAGGCUUUACUUCUGCUUCUAGUGGGUGCCCCUCACAGGAAACUAAAAGAUGGAAUGAAGAUUAGAGGAGAUUUACAUAUUUGUUUGAUGGGUGAUCCUGGAGUUGCAAAGAGCCAGCUUCUUAAGCACAUAAUUAAUGUAGCACCCAGGGGAGUUUAUACAACCGGUAAAGGAAGCAGUGGAGUUGGUCUAACUGCUGCUGUUCAGAAAGAUCCUGUCACAAAUGAAAUGGUCCUCGAAGGAGGAGCAUUGGUGCUAGCGGAUAUGGGCAUUUGUGCAAUUGAUGAAUUUGAUAAGAUGGAUGAAUUAGAUCGUACAGCCAUACAUGAAGUUAUGGAGCAGCAGACAGUCAGCAUUGCCAAGGCUGGGAUCACUACAUCUUUGAAUGCAAGAACGGCUGUUCUUGCUGCAGCUAAUCCAGCGUGGGGGAGAUAUGACCUACGUAGAACUCCAGCUGAAAACAUUAAUCUUCCACCAGCCCUUUUGUCAAGAUUUGAUCUUUUAUGGUUAAUUCUGGAUCGAGCAGAUAUGGAUAGUGAUCUUGAGAUGGCUAGGCAUGUCGUCUAUGUCCACCAGAAUAAAGAAUCUCCUGCUCUUGGCUUCACUCCACUUGAACCAUCUGUUCUUCGCGCAUAUAUUUCUGCUGCAAGAAGAUUGUCUCCUUCAGUUCCGCAGGAACUCGAGGAGUAUAUUGCUAGUGCCUACUCUAGCAUUCGGCAAGAAGAAGCUAAAUCUAAUGCUCCCCACUCCUAUACAACUGUGAGGACCCUGCUCAGUAUUCUUCGAAUAUCAGCUGCAUUAGCAAGACUGCGAUUUUCUGAAACUGUGGCUCAAAGUGAUGUGGAUGAGGCACUAAGGCUAAUGCAGAUGUCAAAGUUCUCUUUGUACUCAGAUGAUCGCCAGAAAUCUGGUCUGGAUGCUAUCUCCGAUAUCUAUUCAAUUUUGCGAGAUGAAGCUGCCAGGACUGACAAGUUGGAUGUGAGCUAUGCACGUGCACUAAAUUGGAUUUCUAGGAAGGGUUACAGUGAAGCCCAACUGAAAGAAUGUUUGGAGGAAUACGCAGCCUUGAAUGUGUGGCAGAUAAACCCCCUUACUUUUGACAUCCGAUUUAUUGAUGCCUGAUAUGCUUUGCAGUAGAUUCCUCAGACGGCUGCAAUCCCUUGACACAGGAGUGUUCUUGACCCUAUACAUUUGAAAGAUUUGUGAGUGGGAAGAAUACUCAACCUGGGAAGAGAGAUGAAUUAGGCAGUUGGAGCGAAGUGAUUCAGUUAGCAUUGUUGACUAGCCGAAAUGAAUGGAGCGAAGUGUUUUAUAUUUCGUGUGUACGUUGCCUCGCUCUUUUCAAUUUUCAUGUGGUGUGCAACUUGGGAGUUGGGAUACAUGAUACGUUUCUCUAAUGCAUGCAUCGUAUUAGCAAAAAUUAACUGAGUGCAAUUGCUUCGGUUGUAUUAGGAUUAUGCAUUGCGGUGGAAAAAUAUUAAUGCAUUAGGAUUAUGCUUCAA